AAAUGCGAGAAGAAUUCAACUAGCCGAAAGAGACAAAGGAGUACGCAUCGUGGUGGAGCUAUGCCUUUCAUUCAACAUGCUUUGAGGACAGCCAAGGUAAAUUUAAUGAGUUUCAAGUGAGUUAAUUAAAAUGUUAUCUUGAAUAAUUGUUAAUUUGGGAGAUUUUUUUAAAUUGCAGGAGGGUAAUCCUUUGUCUUUCAUAGACAAUUGGGCAGCUAUGUAUCAAGAUUCAAAUAGCAAUUGGGUUAGUGAUGCUGCACGUGAUAAAUAUGAUCGACUGAAAAAUAAGAGAGAAGAGCAUAAGGAGAAACUAACCCUGGAGGCACCAGAGGGUACUCCACCAGAAUCUGUACAAGUUACUGCGCGUGAUGAGAUUCCAAUCAUGGCUGAAGAGUGUGGAAGGAAGGGAAAAAGAGUUCGUGGUUUAGGCUCGUUUCCUCGCAUGGAGCUUCCAACUGUUACAUCUUCAACAGCUGUGAGUUCUGAGAUGAACGUAAUGCAAGAUAAAGUGAAGAAGCUUGAAUCAACUGUGGACACUAUGCGGUCACAAAAUGCACAGCUAAUGACAAUGUUGAAGAAGUUCAUGAUGAAUAGCCAAGGUUGCUUUGCUGAUACAGAAAACAUUGACAUGAAUAUCGUAGUACCCAACAGUGAAGAAGAUGAUGUCUUUGGAAGAGAUGAAGACGGUGUCCAAAACAAUGGAGAUAAUUCUGAAACAGAGGAUUUGGAGGAAGAUUUGUGAUUCAUAGUUAUUUUUAGUAAUUUUUGGAUUAGGAUUUAGCUAGUCUAGCUUGGCAAACAAUUUUUCUUUUUAUUA